UUCUUGGUUGGACAAUUUUCUCUUCUACCUUGUACUGGAAUGGCUUCCUUUGGUCGAUUUUGCUUGUUCGCCUGGCUUUUGUGGGGAAACUUAGGAGUCCAAGGCGAUGACUCGGCGAUCGUUGGUGUAUGCAAAAAGAUUGGCAUUUAUUAUUAUAUGUGCUAUGACUGCCUAAAGAGCAACCCACAAGAACCAGACUUUGCUGCCAAAUCCAUAAUCUGCGCUACUGAUGCAUAUGUUAUCAUCCGAAAAUCAGCUUUCGAUUUUUCGUUGAAUUCUACUGGCCGCUUUCGGGAGGUGGCCAAAUUGUGUGUGGAUCAAUUUGACAUAACUUUGGGUUACUGCAAAGCCGCGUUUAAAGCAUGGAGAUUGAAGCGAAAACUAGCCACCUUAGCAUUUCUUCACAGCGGCUUGGAUUAUUACUUCAAGUGCGUUGAUCACCUCUCCGAACCCAUUCCAAAUGAAUAUGGCAUACAAUUAGAUACUGCUAAAUCUUUCAAUGAGGUGUCAAUUAAAGUCGCCUCUCUACCAUGAUCAUGGUUUUGAUCCAAAUAUUGGAUAGCUAAUGUAAAAUAUAUCAUCUUAAUCUUCAUGGACUGCAGUUGAUGGGUUACCAUUUUCAUUCACUUUAUGUUUA